AUGGACAAUCGGCCUGCCUCCGAGUACGCACAGUCAGACCAGACUUCGGCUGCUGCCAGUGCUCACUACUCUCACAAUCACACUCCGCAACCCGAGGUGCGCCCACCUCAGUACACGCCUCAACCGGACGUGCGACCCCCGAACAUUCCGGCCUCCAAUACACCUCAAUCCGACUACGGCUUGAACCCCCCACCCACACGUUCACCCGCCUACCAGGACUAUCUCCCUCGUCCUCAGUCUUACACCCCUAACUCCCAACCCGGUGGUGUUCCAAGUAUGGCUCAAGCAUCAAGUCCGUCCUUGCCCAUAUCCCCAAUGCCAAUCCCGCGCAGCCCCAACCUGAAGUCUGACGCGGCCCUACCUCUAGAUCCCUCCCUUCCUGCCAACAGCCCCACCUACCCUCCUCCCUACUCCCCUUAUCAACCUCAGGGACACGAUAUGCAGUACCAAGGCCACCCCCCACCUCCACACCAGAUGUAUGCGCGUCCGGAGUGGCCGCACACUUACGGUGGCCACUCACAUGGCUUGCCAGGCCCAUAUGCUUCUCCUGCUACAACGGUUGGUUCUGCCUCCCCUGCUCCUGCAACCGCGGGCUUGAGUCGUGGCCAGGUCUACUCGUUUGUCCCAAUUCCCGGUGCUCAGCAGCACAAACGCCCUCGUCGCCGCUACGAGGAAAUUGAGCGCAUGUACAAGUGUGGUUGGAAUGGUUGUGAAAAAGCAUACGGUACUUUGAAUCACUUGAACGCCCACGUGACGAUGCAAUCGCAUGGUGCGAAACGUACGCCAGAAGAGUUCAAAGAAAUCCGCAAGGAAUGGAAGGCUCGCAAGAAGGAGGAAGAUGGUCAGCGCAAGGCUGCCGAAGAACGUGAGCGUGCUGCUGCCCAGGCUGCCCAGGCUAGCCAUGUCGACGCCCCCGGUGGUCCUUCCGAUCCCCAGGCCGCACAACCCUCCGCCUAUGGUGGUGGUGUUCGCCCCCAGCUUCCUCCCAUCGGGUACCAACCCGCGGACAGCCAGGUCCCUGGUCAGUAUGGCGGUCCUGGUGGCGGUUUGGUCUAUCAGAGCAACGGACAGAUGGGUUAUCCUCCCAACUACCCGCACUCCCCGUACCCCAACGGUCACGUUUACCAGCCACGUGAGUAA